AUCACAAUGUCCUCCCCCUCAUCUAAAUCCCGCAAACCCACCGCCCUCAUCAUCGGCGCCGGCGUCGGUGGCGUCUCCACCGCCGCCCGCCUCGCGCACUCGGGCUUCGACGUAACCGUCCUCGAAAAAAACAAUUUUACAGGCGGGAGAUGUUCUCUCCUCCAUCAUUCCGGUUACCGCUUCGAUCAAGGACCCUCAUUAUUGCUCCUCCCCAAUCUCUUUCAUCGCACUUUUGCCGAGCUGGGAACGAGUCUCGAAGCCGAAGGAGUCGAACUAUUGAAAUGCGAACCGAAUUAUCUCGUGCAUUUCUCCGAUGGAGAGAGAUUCACCCUUUCCUCGGAUUUGAGUGUUAUGAAGCAGGAAAUUGAGAAGUGGGAAGGUGGAGAGGUGGGGUUUAGGCGGUAUUUGGAGUAUUUGAAUGAGGGGCAUCGGCAUUAUGAGUUAUCGGUGCGAGAGGUGUUGUUGAGGAAUUUUUAUGGGGUGGGGUCGAUGUUUCGAGUGGAGUUUUUGAGACAUUUGUUGGAGUUGCAUCCGUUUGAGAGUAUUUGGACGAGAGCUGGGAAGUAUUUUUGGAGUGAGAGGUUGAGGAGGGUUUUUACUUUUGGGAGUAUGUAUAUGGGUAUGAGUCCGUUUGAUGCGCCGGGCACGUAUUCGUUGUUGCAGUAUACGGAGUUGGCGGAGGGGAUUUGGUAUCCGAGAGGAGGAUUUCAUCGGGUUGUGGAGGCGCUUGUGGGAAUUGGGGAGAGGUUGGGGGUGGAGUAUCGUUUGGGCACGGGAGUGAAGAAGAUUUUGCUCAGUCCGGACGGAGGGCAGGCAAAGGGAGUGGAAUUGGAAGAUGGGACGAUAUUGGAAGCUGAUGUGAUUGUCAACAACUCGGAUCUGGUCUAUGCAUAUGGAAAUCUUCUGCCCGAGAGUUCUUAUGCCGAAAGCUUGAAGAGUCGACCUGGAAGCUGUUCAAGCAUUUCUUUCUAUUGGGCGCUGGAUACAAAAGUGCCCGAGUUGGAAGCACAUAACAUCUUUUUGGCGGACCAAUACAAGGAGUCGUUUGACAGUAUCUUCAAAAAGCAUCUCAUCCCGGACGAACCGAGCUUUUACGUCAACGUCCCCAGUCGAGUAGACAGCACUGCAGCGCCAGAAGGCAAAGAUAGCGUCGUCGUUCUCGUCCCGGUGGGCCAUCUCCUCGAAGAAGACCAACACGCCUCAUCCUCUGAAACGCUUGCCAACGGAAACGGACACAUCUCCUCCGCCUCCCCUCCCGACUCCUGUGGCAUCACACCAACAGAAAAGCAAAACUGGCCGGCAAUGGUCGCACUCGCUCGCAAAACCAUCACAUCCACCAUCGCCGCGCGCACCGGUGUCAAUCUCGAACAGCAUAUCAUCCACGAAAUCACCAACGACCCUGCUUCCUGGAAACAAACCUUCAACCUCGACCGUGGCGCCAUCUUGGGUCUCUCCCAUUCCUUCUUUAACGUCCUCUGCUUCCGCCCCACCACCCGAGCUCGCAGACGUGGGCCUCUAGACCACUAUCUCGUGCCAUUGGGUUUAGUAGGCAGAGUCCUCGAAGUUCUCGUCGACGCCAUCCGAGGUUCCGAAGGGAAGAGUGUCAAAGGGCUAUACAUGGUGGGAGCGAGUGCACAUCCGGGAACAGGUGUCCCGAUAUGUUUGGCAGGUGGUGCGUUGGUUGCAGAGCAGAUUUGUGGGGAUUAUGGGGUGGAAGUGAGUUGGAAGAAGAAUCAGCAGGAGAAGAAGAAGGCAGAAGAAGAGCAAGUCAGGGGAAAAUUGGAUCGUUUAGAGAGGCCGAUGUGGUUGGAUAGUUGGGAGCAGUGGGUGAGUGUGUUGAUAUAUUUGCUUGUGGCGAUUUUUGCUGUGGUGUGGAUGAAGGGGAGGUGAGAGUAAUAGGUAUAGGUACUUUUACUCUUCUUUUGCUUCUACUUCUAGCAGUGAGGUAGGCAGCC